AUGUCAUUCCUCGAAAUGCUUCUACUUUGGUUGACUCCCUUAUUCCUGGUGUCUGUAGAUGCCAUUCAUAUCGGUGUUAAAGGGGUGUUGAAAUGUCCUGAUCCCUACAGCAAUGUCGCUUCCAUUUCUCUCAUGGAAAGAGAUUUUGGAAAAACAUUUUUUGGCUUCAUCGAUGACGACGACGUGUUAGAUCACAAGGAGGUCGAACUGAACAAGCCAUUCGAGAUCGGCGGUUCUGAAACAGAGAUAUUCGGAGUUGAACCAUACAUACUCUUGAGAUACAGAUGCCAGGAGGAUUAUAAAGAGGAAGUGAUAGAACUUGGCGAUGUUUGGUUCAGAGAUCGCGUGUUUCAGCUUCAGAAGAAUCUUGCUACUGGGGAGACAAUUUUGAAUUGAUUGG